GGGACGGAAGGAUGGCAGUGCAGAAGCACAUGGGUCAGCGCCGUACCACCGCUGACUCUUCUUGCCCUGGUGUCAAGGAGAGGAGGGGGGGAGCCGCAGCAGCCCUGACAGGGAGUCAACUCAGCAAGAAUCUUCCUCAGGAAGGCUCGGCGGCGGCUUCUGCGGCCACUCUUUCGUCUCCUCCUGCCUAACAGCGCACGAGGCAGCUCCACGCACAGGGCAGGAGGGUGCACCUCCCAUGAGCACAGUUGCUACAGUGGUUCUUUUUGCCUCCGCACGCAGGUCGGAGGCAUAGAAAAGAGACCCAGAAAGAGGCACCCUCCUGCACCGCGCGCUCCGGCAGCCCAUUCGAAGCUGACACCAGAGACGCACCGGGGUGGACUUCUUAAGCCGGUGGCUCAGGAGGCUUCCUCAAGGGCCAGCCGCAGUCCGUCCCGCUUCCUUUUCCUUAAAAAUCACGGCCCUCGGCAACAGGUUCUUGUUAGAGAAGAAAGGCAGGCAUGGAAUUGAGUGUCGGAAGUGUAAUUGCUUAUAUAAGCUCUUCAAGCUCUGCAUCUAGCCCGGCUUCCUGUCACAGUGAAGGCUCAGACAACAGUUUUCAGUCCUCUUCUUCCCCUGUGCCACCAUCACCAAACAGUUCCUCCUCUGAAGGAAGCUGCAGUAGCAAGAGUAAAGAGCACAUUGAUGGAAGACCAAACAGUGAACAGUUUGAGAAUCACACUAAGGGAAAUCAAUUGAGUGGUGCCUCAGCAGCAAAAAGUCAUAAUGGAUUUGCAAAAUUUAAUGGCAUGGUCUUGCUGUGUAAAGUCUGUGGAGAUGUUGCUUCAGGAUUUCACUAUGGGGUCCAUGCCUGUGAAGGCUGCAAGGGUUUCUUUAGGAGAAGCAUUCAGCAAAAUAUUCAAUAUAAGAAGUGCCUGAAGAAUAACAACUGCUCUAUAAUGAGAAUGAAUAGAAACAGGUGUCAGCAGUGCCGAUUCAAAAAAUGCUUGUCAGUAGGAAUGUCAAGAGAUGCUGUUCGAUUUGGCCGAAUUCCUAAACGAGAAAAGCAGAGGAUGAUAAUUGAAAUGCAAAGUGCGAUGAAAACCAUGAUGAAUACGCAGUUCAGUGAUCACUUGCCCAGUGAAACAUUAAAAGAUAGUCAGGAAGCAUUGCUCUUAGUGCCUCAGGAACAGCUGAACUCCAAACUAAAGCAAGAAGAAGUAACUGCCAAAAGGCCCUCUUCUUCUCCCCUUCCUCCUCCACUAUGUCCUGCUUUACCUCUGCCCUCUGACAUUGCCAAGGAAGAAGUGAUUGGCAUGGUGACUAGUGCCCACAAAGAUACGUUUAUGUACAAUCAGGAACAACCAGAAGAUCGUACCACUGUUUUGCAGCCUCCAAAUGGGGAAAAAAAUCUUAAAUACCUGGAUCAAUACAAUUCUGGUGGUGAAGCUGAUCAUGGUAGCAUAAGCAUUGUGCUUCAAAAUGGGAAUGUUAAACAUUUCAAUGGACAGUAUAAAGGGCAAAACAAUAUGCACCAUCCAAGUGGGUAUAAUCUUUGCUUCCAUUCUAAGAACUUCACCAAUGGCUUUACCACAAAAGGGUAUAAUAAAAUGCUCAAAAAUGGCUUUUCUUCCAUUGAAUCUCUGAAUGCGUAUUCCUGCAGCACUGGAGGCAGAAUGCAUCUGGUUUGCCCAAUGAACAAGACUCCUUUUGUGGAUCCAAAUAAGUCUGGUCAGGAAGUCUGGGAAGAAUUUUCCAUGAGCUUUACCCCCGCAGUAAAGGAAGUAGUGGAAUUUGCCAAGCGUGUUCCUGGUUUCCGAGAUCUUUCCCAACAUGACCAAGUAAACCUUCUGAAGGCUGGAACCUUUGAGGUAUUAAUGGUACGGUUUGCAUCUCUAUUUGAUGCAAAAGAUCGUACUGUCACUUUUCUUAGUGGAAAGAAGUACAGUUUGGAUGAUUUACGUACCAUGGGAGCUGGUGAUCUGCUGAACUCCAUGUUUGAGUUUAGUGAGAAGCUAAAUGCACUCAACCUUAGUGAUGAAGAAAUGAGUUUGUUUACAGCGGUGGUCCUUGUAUCUGCUGAACGAUCAGGAAUAGAGAAUGUUAAUUCUGUGGAAGCAUUGCAAGAAACAUUGAUCCGGGCACUCAGGACUUUGAUCACAAAAAAUCAUCCAAAUGAAGCCUCUAUAUUUACAAAACUACUUUUGAAACUGCCUGACCUGCGUUCCUUAAAUAACAUGCACUCUGAAGAACUUCUAGCCUUUAAAGUUCAUCCAUAGGCUUUUACCUCCUACUUAUAUACUUGAUUUACCUAAAAUUAAUUGUUUUUUUUUUUGUGCUAAAAUGUUUGUUUAUAUUUGGACAUGCUUCUGUGAAGGAUUUGUAUAAUAGUGAAAUGAUCUCUUACCAUGUAGUAAAUGCUUCAGGUUGAUCCUUAUUUCACCACUGAUGAAAUGGCCACAGAUUUCUUCUUCAUUAUCCAAAAGAGUCCCUCUUGCACAAAAGGGAAUGAAGAAAUUACAUUAAAUAUUAUAGAUGCUGACUUCUAAGAAUACCCAGUGGCUACAAAUGGAAAGCAGCACUUUGAAUAAAUGAAGCAAUAUUACAUUGGCCCAAGUCAUCCUUAAGUAGAACCUUGCUAUAUGAGGUAGUUUUUAAAAACUGUUUUUGAUUACACUAUGAAUAGUUUAUAAAAGAAUCAGUGUAUAUUAAUUUAUUCACUUCAGUAUAAAACUAUACAUUCAUCCAUGUACAUGUUGAUGUGUGCAUAUGCACACACAUAAGCAUAAAUAUGAACAGAUGGAUGUAUUAUUACUUUAUAAAUUUCAUGUACGUACAUAAUUAUAUAAGUAUGUGAAUAUAAACAAACUUCAUAAUAUUUUCAACUAUGAAGAAUUUAAAGAAGGAUUAUCCAUAUGAAUGCAUUUGGUUCUGUACAGUUGAAAUAAGUAUAUUAAAAGUGUAGAGAGUCCCAAAUUAGUAUGUUAAUAUGCUGAAUUUGUUAAUUUUCAACAUUUAAAACAAUAUAAGUAAAGAGAUAAAUAGAUCAAAUUUAAACAUUAUUGAGAACAUAGGGAUUUUUCCUAAAAUAUAUUUGCCUUUAAUUGUAUGCAUCUAUAGUAGUAGGCAUUUAAAGUUGGUGAUCAGCCUUGCUAGUUUUUUCUGUAAAGUUUCCAUGGAGAAUCAUGAAAAGUGUCAAGAAAACUGUUAUACCUUCAUUGCAUAUUGGGUAUUCUGUGAAUCAUUUAUGCUACAUAUUAUAUGCAAAGUUGAAUGCUACAUAAUCAGUCUUGUAACAUGAAUGGGACUUUUAAAGUCAAUUUUCUUAUAUCUCCAAAGUUUUUUUCAAAACUGAUCUAGGUUAUCUGAUGUCUGUGAAGUUCUGUUAAUUUCAUGAUUUUUAAAAUGCCAGUGACAAAUUCCUAAGGCAAGGAUUUGUUGUAUUUUCUGUUGCAUUUUUCAAAUUAAUUGCUUCAUGCUGUUCACAGCAUGAAAAUAUUUUAGUUGGAGAUUUUCCAAAAUAUGACUUUUGAAAAUACAUUGAUAUUUCAUAUAGUUAUUUAGUACUUAACAUAUUUCAAACUUUCCAUAACUUUAUGUGAAAAACUAUAAUAUUAUAGUUGAUACAUAAUUUUUUAGACUAAUGCACCACUAAGUGUAAAAAAUAUUUGUUUGCAAGCUUAUUAUAUAGCAUUAUUGUUUCAUUUAAAUUAAUUUCUGUGACCUUGUUAGACAUCAAACUCCUAUUUUUAAAAAAAUCCAAGCAACUAUUGGGAUGUAGUUUUACUGUAAUAAUUGGUUCACAUGAAAAAAAAGCACAACUGCAAGUUAUAGGUUUUUUUUGGGGGGGGUACUUAUUUUUGAAAAUAGUUACUAAAUAUCAAAAAUCCAAAGAUAAGUUAGUGAUUUCCCAUCAAUUUUUU